CAGUGGCCCCUGAGGAUGCCGGUUUUGCGAGGAUUGCUUGCCCCAGGUCCCUGUAGAGCCUGGGGUGGGAUGGGGGGAUCCUUCUCAAGGUACGGGCUGCCGCCAGGGCCGCUGGGGCCUGCAGGCCGCGCCGACUCUAUUGUGUGAGAUGUCGGAGGAGGCGGAGCGGAAGCGCGGCCGCCAUUUCCUUGCCUCCACGCUGGCGCCAGGCCGGGCCCCCUGCGGCUUGGUCCUCGGUCUGCCUCGGCGCCAGGAUCCACUGAGAGACGAUGAUGUUGGGUACCGAAGGCGGAGAGGGCUUCGUGGUGAAGGUCCGCGGCUUGCCCUGGUCUUGCUCGGCGGACGAAGUGCAGCGUUUUUUUUCUGACUGCAAAAUACAAAAUGGGGCUCAAGGUAUACGUUUCAUCUACACCAGAGAAGGCAGACCGAGUGGCGAGGCUUUUGUUGAACUUGAAUCAGAAGAUGAAGUCAAAUUGGCCCUGAAAAAAGACAGAGAAACUAUGGGACACAGAUAUGUUGAAGUAUUCAAGUCAAACAACGUUGAAAUGGAUUGGGUGUUGAAGCAUACUGGUCCAAAUAGUCCUGACACGGCCAAUGAUGGCUUUGUACGGCUUAGAGGACUCCCCUUUGGAUGUAGCAAGGAAGAAAUUGUUCAGUUCUUCUCAGGGUUGGAAAUCGUGCCAAAUGGGAUAACAUUGCCGGUGGACUUCCAGGGGAGGAGUACGGGGGAGGCCUUCGUGCAGUUUGCUUCACAGGAAAUAGCUGAAAAGGCUCUAAAGAAACACAAGGAAAGAAUAGGGCACAGGUAUAUCGAAAUUUUUAAGAGCAGUCGAGCAGAAGUCAGAACUCACUAUGACCCACCUCGAAAGCUUAUGGCCAUGCAGCGUCCAGGUCCCUAUGACAGACCUGGGGCCGGCAGAGGGUAUAACAGCAUUGGCAGGGGAGCUGGCUUUGAAAGGAUGAGGCGUGGAGCUUACGGUGGAGGUUAUGGAGGCUAUGAUGAUUAUAAUGGCUAUAAUGAUGGCUAUGGUUUUGGGUCAGAUAGAUUUGGAAGAGACCUCAAUUACUGUUUUUCAGGAAUGUCUGACCACAGAUAUGGGGAUGGUGGCUCUACUUUCCAGAGCACAACUGGACACUGCGUACACAUGCGGGGAUUACCUUACAGAGCUACGGAGAAUGACAUUUAUAAUUUUUUUUCACCGCUCAACCCUGUGAGAGUACAUAUUGAAAUUGGUCCUGAUGGCAGAGUAACUGGUGAAGCAGAUGUUGAGUUUGCAACUCAUGAAGAUGCUGUGGCAGCUAUGUCGAAAGACAAAGCAAAUAUGCAACACAGAUAUGUAGAACUCUUCUUGAAUUCUACAGCAGGAGCAAGCGGUGGUGCUUACGGUAGCCAAAUGCUAGGAGGCAUGGGUUUGUGUAAAUAUCGCUUUAGUGUCUUUUUUUUAAAGCUAACCUUGUAUGCCUUUUCUCUCAUUUCAGAACACAGAUAUGUAGAACUCUUCUUGAAUUCUACAGCAGGAGCAAGCGGUGGUGCUUAUGGUAGCCAAAUGAUGGGAGGCAUGGGCUUGUCAAACCAGUCCAGUUAUGGUGGCCCAACCAGCCAGCAGCUGAGUGGUGGUUAUGGAGGUGGCUAUGGCGGCCAGAGCAGCAUGAGUGGAUAUGGCAGCCAAGGAGCGGUGAACAGCAGCUACUACAGUAGUGGAAGCCGUGCAUCUGUGGGAGUGAACGGAAUGGGAGGGGUGUCUAGCAUGUCUAGUAUGAGUGGUGGAUGGGGAAUGUAAUUGAUCCUUAUCACUGACUCUGGGUCAACAUUAAAGAAGAAAAAACAAACAAAACUUAACAGUUUUGCAAUACCAGCUUGUGAUUUAUGCUUACUCUAAGUGGAAAUCAGGAUUGAAUUAAAGACUUAAAGGUUCAUUAUUUUUGAACACAAAUAUUCAUCUAGGAUGUAACAACUAAGUUGAGUAAACUAUAACUGUUAAACAAUUUUUAGCUUUUCUCAAGUUAGUUCUAUUGUAGGAUGUACUUAAGCAGUAAGUAUAUUUAGGUUAAAGAAGUUGAAUUAUGUUAAAUGUUGCUCUUACAUCACAUCACAUCGAACACUUCAUGGAAGCAUGUUGAAAAAACAUGCUUUUUUGUAAAAAUAUAGGAGCUGUGUCUACAAUUAAAAGUGAAACAUUUGGCAUGUUUGUUAAUUCUAGUUUCAUUUAAUAACUUCCAAGGCAUGUAAGUUGAAGCUUUUUUUAAGUUAAUGGGAAAAUUUUGAGACGCAAUACCAAUACUUUAGGAUUUUGGUCUUGGUGUUUGUAUGAAAUUCCGAGGCCUUGAUUUAAAUCUUUCAUUGUAUUGUGAUUUCCUUUUAGGUGUAUUGCGCUAAGUGAAACUUGUCAAAAUAAAUUUUCCUUUUAAAAACUGCA